AUGUUUGGCGCCGCUGCCAGACCGUCUGGGCAUUUCCCGUCUCUGACACAGACAACCCGCAUGGUGCAUGCGGAUUUUGUCGCUGGACCUGGUAGUCACCGCUCUGCCGCGAUAUCAAUAUUUAGCAAGAAUCCUGGAUAUCGGCACUGCCAUAUUGAAUCAUUUAUCAAUGCAGCCGUCUCAAGAAUACGAACAGCAGAAUUGCGACCUGCAUCCUGCCUCGUAUCUCGCCGGAAAAUCGGUGCCUCACCAUACAGCUACAUGAAUCAAUUUGCUGGCAGAACGUAUGGUUCGGCAGCUCCUAAGACAGCACGGCCUAAAUCACACCUUGAAGCACCACAGCAAGGAGCACCAGCUGAAGUAUCACAGCAUAAAUCACAGCGUACAGGUAUACGACGUAAAGCACCGCAAAAUAAAGCACCACGACAUAAGCCACGACAUCAAGACGCACCAGUCAGAGAACCGCGAUAUAAAGGACAGCUUAAGGCGCCACAGCGUAAAGCACGACAGAAGGUAUCACAUCAAAAGAUACCAGGGGACGAGCCGCGACAUAAAGCACAACAUAAAGCGCCGCGGAGUCAACCACGAGUCGAACCCACUCCUAAACCGGCGAAACAAGAACAGUGGCGGAUCCAGAAACAAGCUUUGAAGAAGAAGUUUGAGGACGGUUGGGCCCCGCUAAAACGGCUGUCCCCCGAUGCUAUGGACGGAGUACGUGAGCUGCACCGGGCCAACCCCGAACGGUUUUCCACUCCUGUUCUCGCGGAGCAUUUCAAGAUUUCCCCCGAGGCCAUUCGCCGCAUCUUGAAAAGCAAAUGGCGCCCAACGGAAAAGGAGUCGGAGAAAAGAAAUCUGAGGUGGGAAAGACGGAAAAUACAAAUAUGGAAUCACAUGGCGGAGCUCGGGUUGCGGCCGCAUAAGAAGUUUGCUUCACCGUCCGACUCCGAACAGCCCAAGCCAGCUCGGAAAAAUAGGGACUCAACUCCCAGCCCCAGCAGCGCGCAGAUUUAA